AUGAAUGAUAAUAUAGAUUCGUUCAAUGAGAGUUGCUGGCACGACUUUGAUUAUAGCAGCCUCUUGAACGACGUCCCACCCGUUGAUCUUCAUUGGCAUUCUGAAUUGCAGCCCCAAUGUGGCGUAAGUGCGGGAAUCGAAGUCUCGGGUUGUGGAAGGGCAUCGCAAGUGAGUGAAGAUGCUAUGAGAGAAUGUCCAAGAAAGAGGGGGAGGAAUGAUGCAUUCAGUGCAGUUGGAAGUAAAGCUUGCCGUGAGAGAAUGAGGAGAGAAAAAUUGAAUGACAGGUUCUCAGAAUUGUGCUCUAUUUUGGAACCUGGCAGACCUGUGAAAACCGACAAAUUGGCCAUACUUGGUGAUGCCAUCAGAGUUCUAAAUGAGCUGAAGUCUGAAUCUCAGGAAUAUGAAGAGAUGAACAAAAAGCUUCUGGAAGAGAUCAAAAUGUUGAAGGUAGAGAAGAAUGAACUUCGUGAAGAGAAACUUGUACUUAAGGUGGACUGUGGACAAAGAAAGGAUUGA